AUGACCAGUUGGGGCGGUGGCGGCGGCGGCAAGUAUGGCGGUGGUGGAGGGUUGUUUAGGGUUUCAAUGUGCGGGCGGAGCGUGGCGGACGAGAUGGAACAGAUUUCUAGAGAAGGAAGUCAUUACAGUAUAACUUCCGGCAUUCUUCCUUCCCUCGGUGCAAGGAGCAACCGCCGGGUCAAGCUCCGGCGGUUCACUAUUUCCCCUUAUGAUCGCCGUUACAGGGCGUGGGAGACCUUUCUAAUUGUUCUGGUAAUAUAUACUGCAUGGGCAUCUCCCUUCGAAUUUGGAUUUUUGGAGAGACCACAGGGAGCACUACCGAUUGUAGACAAUGUUGUCAAUGGAUUCUUUGCUGUUGACAUCAUCCUGACAUUCUUUGUAGCUUAUCUUGAUAGAACAACAUACCUUCUAGUUGAUGAUCGGAAGCUGAUUGCUUGGAAGUAUAUCAGUAGCUGGUUUGUAUUCGAUGUGAUAUCAACUAUUCCUUCUGAACUCGCUAGGACCAUUUCUCCUAAAGCUUUGCGAACCUAUGGCUUAUACAAUAUGCUUCGUCUCUGGCGUCUUCGUAGAGUUAGUGCCUUAUUUGCUCGGUUGGAGAAAGAUAGGAACUUUAACUACUUCUGGGUUCGAUGCGCCAAGCUUAUUUGUGUCACACUUUUUGCUGUUCAUUGUGCGGGGUGUUUCUAUUAUAUGCUUGCUGCUCGUUAUCACGACCAUAAAAGAACAUGGAUUGGGGCUUCUAUGGGGGAAGACUUCAUGGAGCAGAGUUUAUGGAUCCGUUAUGUGACCUCAAUGUAUUGGUCCAUCACUACACUAACUACAGUAGGUUAUGGAGAUCUGCAUGCUGAAAAUACAAGGGAGAUGGUUUUCGAUAUAUUCUACAUGCUCUUUAACCUGGGACUUACAGCAUAUCUGAUUGGAAAUAUGACCAAUUUGGUUGUUCAUGGAACAAGCAGAACAAGGAAAUUUAGGGAUACCAUUCAAGCUGCUUCAAGUUUUGCGCUGAGGAACCAAUUGCCUGCUCGGCUACAAGACCAAAUGCUUUCUCAUUUGUGCUUGAAGUUUAGAACUGACUCAGAGGGGCUGGAGCAGCAGGAGACUCUUGAUUCUCUCCCAAAAGCUAUUCGGUCAAGCAUUUCACAUUUUCUCUUUUACUCCCUAGUAGAUAAGGUCUACUUGUUUCGUGGGGUGUCCAAUGAUUUGCUCUUUCAGCUGGUUUCUGAGAUGAAAGCUGAGUACUUUCCUCCAAAGGAAGACGUAAUUUUGCAAAAUGAAGCUCCUACAGAUUUUUACAUUCUUGUAACAGGAGCAGUGGAUUUUCUGGAGAUGAAAAAUGGCAUUGAGCAGAUUGUUGGGGAGGCAAAGAAUGGUGAUCUUUGCGGAGAGAUAGGGGUUCUAUGCUAUAGGCCUCAGCUUUUCACAGUACGCACAAAAAGGCUUAGCCAGCUACUGCGGUUGAACCGGACUUCAUUUAUGAAUAUCAUUCAGGCCAAUGUUGGAGAUGGGACCAUAAUCAUGAAUAAUCUCCUUCAGCAUUUGAAGGAGAUGAAGGACCCAUUCAUGUCUGGUGUUUUGUUGGAGACAGAGAACAUGCUAGCUCGUGGUAGAAUGGACUUGCCACUCAGCCUGAGCUUUGCAACAAUGAGAGGAGAUGAAGUCCUGUUACAUCAUUUGUUAAAACGGGGACUAGAUCCGAAUGAAUCUGACAACAGUGGGAGAACAGCCCUUCAUAUAGCUGCAUCAAAAGGAAACACACACUGUGUAAUGCUUCUUCUGGAUUACGGAGCAAACUCCAAUAGUAGAGACGUAGACGGUAAUGUUCCAUUAUGGGAGGCCUUAUUGGGGAAGCAUGAAUCAGUGGUCAAGCACUUAAGCGAAAAUGGUGCCAAAAUAUCUGCAGGAGAUGUUGGCCAAUUUGCAUGUACAGCUGCAGAACAGAACAACUUAAAAUUACUGCAGGAGAUAGUACGGCUAGGUGGGGAUGUUACGGUUCCUAAACUCAAUGGAUCAACAGCGCUUCACGUUGCAGUCUGUGAAGGUAACAUUGACAUGGUCAAGUUCUUGUUGGAACAAGGAGCUGAUAUUGAUAAAGUAGACGAACAUGGUUGGACCUCCAGAGAUCUAGCAGAGCAGCAAGGUCACGAGGAUAUCAAAGCUCUGUUUGAAUCCAUAAAAGUAGCCAGAAAUGUACCCGUUGCUCCAAUUUUCGAAGAAAAACAUGGAGUUCGGUUCCUAGGCAAACACAGAAGUGAACCAUCAAUUGUCCCGGCAUCCCAAGAUGGCUCAUUCCGAGGAAAUGAUGGAUCAUGGGGAAGACGGAGGAGGCGCAGGACUGAUAAUUUCCACAAUUCACUGUUCGGGGUCAUGUCAGCUGCCCAGAAUGGAGGGAAUGACUUGCUCUUAACAGUAAAUCAGGCUAGCCGGACGCCAACAACAAGAAUAUAUGCCGCACGAGUGACCGUCAGUUGCCCUGAGAAAGGAGAUGAUGCUGGAAAGCUCGUUUUGCUUCCAGAGAGUUUUGAAGAGUUACGCGAAAUAGGUUUGAAAAAAUACGGGUUUUUGCCAGCAAGAAUUUUGAACAAGGAUGGUGCAGAAAUCGAGGAAAUAGAGUUGAUAAGGGAUGGUGAUUACUUGGUAUUCACAAGCACUGGUCGAACUAUCCAAGAACCUAAUCUCCAAAAUGCUGGUGAACGAAGAUAA